AUGAGUAUGUUAACCAGGAACGACAUGAGUAAACUCGCAAGCAAAGAUAUUAGAAGAAUCGAAAGGCUAGCGAAAGAAACGGACAAAAGACAACCGUUACCUCGUAUUGAAGCUGGGGCUGAAGAGUAUUUAACUGAUGGUGUGAAUGCGAAAUCCGGAGAGCACACAGUGCUACAGCACUAUGCGAGCAAACUCCACAAAAAGGAGAGGCACCGAUUCAACAAAUUGUCCGGCGAAAUGCGUUCAAUGCUACGUGACGUAGGCAUGGGUCAUCGAAGGACCAUCAUGGAUGAUUUGGUGAAGACCUCGCUUACUGAGACUUCUUUCCGUGGUGCUGGAGCAAGCGAGAUUAAGGUUACUGAAGCCGACGGAGUGGGGCAAAUCGUUCUCUUCAACUUUUCUGGCUUUUAUGUGUUGUUUUGGAUGCUGAUUGCAUUCGUAGCGGUGAAGGUAACCGUUGAAUACUACAUGUCUCAUAACGGAGAUUUGUCGCAAUCGGAAAUUCUCCGGUUCAUGACUAGCGACAUUUUCUCAGUUGCCCUAAUUGACCUCGUCAUGUACAUGUGCACCUAUUUCGUGCUAUUAGUGCAAUUCGCUUGCAAAAAAAACUGGAUCUCUUGGAAACGAGCCGGUUGGGCGUUUACUUCCCUGUAUGAAAUUGCCUUUGUAGUGGGUUUCCUCUAUGUUGCCGAAGCCGUCAUGAAAUUCCAUUGGAUCUCCAAAAUCUUUAUUUUUCUGCACUCUCUGGUUUUAUUGAUGAAAAUGCAUUCUUUUGCCUUCUUCAACGGGUACAUGUGGAGCGUAUUGGAAGAACUAGAAUUUUCUAAAGGAGCACUCAAAAAGUACAAAGAGACUGGCGGUGAAGAUGACUUGAUCACUCAAACGUUGGAAAAAAGUUGCCAAUUUUGCAGUUUUGAAUUGAAGUCUCAAGGUAAUAAGUCGCUCUCAUUCCCGGAUAAUAUUACUUGGAAGGGGUUUUUCAUUUACACCAUGUUUCCCACGUUGGUUUAUCAACUCGAAUAUCCCAGAAGCCAGAAAAUCCGUUGGCAUUACGUCUUCGAAAAACUGUGCGCAAUUUUUGGAGUAAUCAUCACCAUGAUGAUCAUAGCACAGUCAUUCAUGUAUCCCGUUGCCAUGCGUGCAAUUGCACUUAGAAACUCCGGCCUACCAAUAUUUUGGGAACGUAUUCGCGAAUGGCUUUAUUUACUUUUGGACCUUGUGCCUAGUUUCAUCAUAAUGUACCUCUUGGUUUGGUAUUUGAUUUGGGACGCCAUUUUGAACUGCAUUGCCGAACUAACAUAUUUUGGCGAUCGCCAUUUCUAUGGCGAUUGGUGGAAUUGCGUUUCUUGGGAUGAAUUUGCUCGCCAUUGGAAUGUUCCGGUCCAUCAAUUUUUGUUGAGACACGUAUACCACAGCUCCAUCAGUUUCUUAAAAUUGAGCAAAAUUCAAGCCACUUUGAUGACCUUUUUUUUAAGUUCUAUUGUCCAUGAAUUGGCCAUGUAUGUGCUCUUCAAAAACUUGAGAUUCUAUUUGUUCUUUUUACAAAUGGGGCAACUCCCACUAGUGCAGUUAAGCAACUCGAAAUUUCUCAGAAAGAAAAAAAUUCUGGGUAACGUCAUAUUUUGGAUUGGUAUUUGUACGGGACCCAGUCUUAUGUGCACUCUCUAUUUGACUUUCUAG